GGGGAGAGUUGUGAAUUGCACCAAAAACCGAUCGCCCCACCUGGGAACAAGCCGCACAGGGUGGCCGUCCGGGUCUCAAGCAGCGAAGCACACGACAAGACAGCGCCAGGGCCAGGACGUGCUGCUUCCGCCGCCUAGCUGCAAUGGACAUUACUAGGUUUGUCGUCGGCUUGCGGGAGAAGGCGCUGCUGUACGGGGACUACUCGACGUACUGGUCGCAGCUGUCGGGCAAGCUGCUCAACAGCCGCAAGAAACUCAACAUUGCGACCAAGAACCGCGGCAAAUUUAAUCCCAAGGCCCCCGUCACGCCCGAGCAGAUCGCCGAGAACCACGAAUAUGUCUACCUGCAGCUGCUGACCGCCGAGCGGGCGUGGGCCCAUGCCAUGUCCAUCAAGGCGUCUCGCUCGGCCGACACGAAGGGAGUGACGAGCAAGGCUCGCUCACACAUCGUCUCCAGGCUGGACAAGGGCGCGCGUACCGCCGAGAGGCUGGCCGAGGCGCUGUCGUCCAGCGCAAGCGGCGCCUCCUCCACCGACAUCCUCGACGCCCGUGCCUAUGCCGCCCUGCUGAGGGGCGCCGCCCUGUUCGAGAAGCAGAGCUGGGAGCCGUGUUUGAAGAGUUAUGCCGUGUGCCGCAUCAUAUACAGCGCCCUGGCCACUUCGGCCAAGGGCGACGCCUUCAGGGACCUCCUCUCCGAGACCAUCGACCCUUCCAUCCGCUACGCCGCUUACCAGGCCAAGAUCCCCCGGACGCUGCCCAUCGCCACCAUCGCGCGCAGAGCCUUUGACCAGGCCGACCCGGAGCUUGCCGAUCGCAUCAGACAGCUCAAUCCCUCCGUUCUGGAGCACGGCGAUCCCGAUGCGCGCAAGGGAGCCGAGGGCGCUCCGACUACGCUGACAUGGCGAGGAAGAGAGGUCAAGAUCGAGGAUGCCGCCAUCGCCAUUGCAUGGGGUGCAGUAGGCACGUCAAGGGCUCAGCUCGCCGAGAAGCUGGCCUCGUCUGGCAACUUGCGUCCCAAGGAUAUGGCCGGGGCCUACGACGAAAUCCUGAAUGCCAGCCAGGACGCCGUCGAUGCGACCAAGCAGGCCAUUGACGAACUCAGAAGUGAAGGGGUUACGCAUGGUGAUCCGCGCAUGCAGAGUCUGCUGAUCACGCGGACAGCGGUGAACUACGAGAUGAUUAGCUGGCGCAUUGGCCGGAACAGGGUGUUGAUGGGCGAGAACGACGGCAUGGAGCUGGAAUUUGGGCAAACGUCGAGACGAAAGAAGAAGCAGGCGGACGAACCGUCGACGGACAGAAGCAAAGAUGAGGCGCCCGGCCGCCAGAUCGCGAGGCUAAAAGAGAAGGUUGUGCUGUACGACGGCAUCCUGCAGAGUCUCGAGUCCAUCAAGGAGCUUCCCGGCGUGGCGAACGACCAGGAUCUGUCUCAACGGUUGGAGGCCGCCUCGCUGUACUUCACUGCGCUGAAGUCUCUCGCCAUCGCCCGAUCCCACGCCAUUGCCGGAAAUGCUGUCAACUCGCUCGCCCUCAUCAAGCACGCACUCGACCAGUGCAAAGCCGCCAUUCCCGUCCUCUCCAGCAACGACGGAGACGACGACGAUGACGAGUUCACGCCGCGCAACAUCCAAGUCACCAAACGCGACAUCCACCGCCUGCAUGAGACCCUCACCGGCGAGCUGCACCGCGGCCGCGCCCUGGUCGAGCUCUUCAACCAGCACAACAAACCAGCCCACUCCCCCUCCCCCUCCCCCUCCUCAUCCUCCUCCAAGCCCCUAUCCAGCCGUCUGUCGGACUACCCCGUGGGCGGCGUCGACCUCCAGAACAUCGUCGUCUACCCGCCGCGCCUGGAACCCAUCCCCGUGAAACCGCUGUUCCUGGACGUCGCGUGGAACUACAUCGAGUACCCCGACCUGAGGGCGCAGGCGGCCUCUGCGAGGGAUGCGGCGGCUGCCAAGCCCCAGGAGAAGGCUCCUGCGGCUGCCGCUGCGGAACCCGCGAAGCCACAGAAGAGGAGCUGGUUCGGGUUCGGGAGGUAGAGUCAGUUCAGGGCCCCCAUACACGUGAAUCAAGUGUAUAGAAUUAUAUACCUGAGCUAGGGCGGCGGUGUAGAACGGGGUGGGUUACACAAAAUAAAGAGCCUUGAGCAGUUGUUUGAUGCCUGUCCCUGACCGACUCCUCUGCCACGGUGCAUUUACUUCGUCCCCGUUCCUUUCUGGAGAGGUCAAAUUCGUUCUUGAUGAGACGACGGGUGGCCGGCCUGUCAGCAUCCUGUCGUGAUAUGGGGCG